GGAAGGCGAAGGACGCGCGUUCCCGGGCUCGUGACCGGCGGGAACCCGCGUCCACACGGCCUCGGAGAGAUGGCUGGCGGCGGGGCCCCGCGCGUCGCGGACAGCCUCCACCUGCUGCUGCUGCUGCUGGUGGCCACCCUGCCCCUGGCGGCCCGGGGGACCAGUCGGGACGCCGCAGCCUGGACCGAGGAGAAGAAUUAUCACCAACCAGCUAUAUUGAAUGCGUCAUCUCUUCGGCAAGUUGCAGAGGGCACCAACGUUUCCGAAAUGUGGCAGAAGGACUUAAAGCCGUUGCUGAUAGAGCGAUAUCCGGGAUCCCCGGGAAGCUACAUUGCUCGCCAGCACAUCAUGCAGCGAAUUCAAAACCUUCAAGCUGACUGGGUUUUGGAAGUUGACACCUUCUUGAAUCAGACACCCUAUGGGUACCGGUCAUUCUCAAAUAUCAUCAGCACCCUCAACCCCACUGCUAAACGACAUUUGGUCCUUGCCUGUCACUAUGACUCCAAGUAUUUUCCCCAAUGGGACAACAGGGUGUUUGUGGGAGCUACUGAUUCAGCUGUGCCAUGUGCUAUGAUUUUGGAACUUGCCCGUGCCUUGGACAAGAAACUUCUUUCCCUGAAGAACACUUCAGACUCCAAGCCAGAUCUCUCACUCCAGCUAAUUUUCUUUGAUGGGGAAGAGGCUUUUCUUCACUAGUCUCCUCAGGAUUCUCUUUAUGGGUCCCGGCACUUAGCUUCAAAGAUGGCAUCGACACCGCACCCACCUGGAGCAAGAGACGCCAACCAACUGCAUGGCAUGGACUUACUUGUAUUAUUGGAUUUAAUUGGAGCUCCAAACCCAACAUUUCCUAAUUUUUUCCCCAAAUCUGCUAGGUGGUUUGAUAGACUUCAAGCAAUUGAGCUUGAACUCCAUGAACUGGGUUUGCUCAAGGAUCACCCUUGGGGGAGGAAGUAUUUCCAGAAUUUUGGUCAUCGAGUUAUGGUUCAAGAUGACCAUAUUCCAUUUUUAAGAAAAGGUGUUCCAGUUCUGCACCUGAUUCCAUCUCCUUUCCCUGAAGUCUGGCACACCAUGGAGGACUCUGAAGAAAAUUUGGAUGAACCAACAAUUGACAACCUAAACAAAAUUAUACAAGUCUUUGUGUCGGAAUAUCUCCAUUUGUAAUACUCUGACUUAGUUCACGGUAAUUGCUUCUAGCAUUGUAUUCUAUAGUCAGGGAACCAUUUAAAAUAAUCAGAUUCCAGACAAAUGCCGUGUGGAAAGUUCUAUCCUAUAGAUAUAUUCUGUAGGCAUCUUUGAAUAUGUGAUCAGUAUAUCUGAGAAUUGUAUUGUCCUAAAUUGCACAUUAAUUUUCAUCUGGAGAUAAAGGGAACAUGCCAGGAAAACAGAAAAUGAAUAGUCUUUUAAAACUUCUUUAUAUAAGAAACUGAGGCAAAAUCAGACUUACAUAUUCAGAAUCAUGGUCUCCGGAACAGUCCUUAAAUAUGAAGAUGAUGUGCAAUAUGUAGACUUAGUUUUAUGAUUUUUCAUAUUUGGGAAUCUAUUGCCUAUAACCCAAAAACAAAGAUGUGGUUUGAAGACUCAAAUUCCUUUGAGAUAUCUAUUUCAUGGAAAUUAAAAUCAGAAUUAAA